UCAUAUUCAACGGUGUUGCGCGUUCGUAAAUUCAUCAGUUAUUCUGUUCUCUGGCACACUCAAACGAGAGAGUUUUGACAUCGGCGUAGAUAGAGAACAUUAAUUUACGAUUGCACCCUAAAUCGACAUUAUUGAUUGGACGAUUAGGACCAAUUGGAGUAGAGCACGAGAUGUGACGAGUUGACUUUUGUGCUUCGUUCCUUUUUGUUGCGCUUUUGGUGCUGAGGCAGGCAGUGAAGAAGGCGCGACCACACCACUUUGUAAGCAUUUGAAGGCAUAGCAACCCUCAGUACUCUGCUGAAAUGGCAUCCUCUGGAGAGAUCCUGGUUAAGGAGUUGGACAAGCGUGCUUCAGGUCAAGCAUUUGAGGUAAUCUUGGCCCCCGAUGCCAAGGGUGAAAUCCCCCUACCUCCCCCGAAGGAGAAGAAGGAGAUGUCCCUGGAGGAGAUUCAAAAGAAACUGGAGGCUGCAGAGGAGAGACGCAAGAGUCAUGAGGCAGAGGUGCUGAAGCACUUAGCUGAGAAGAGAGAGCACGAGAAGGAAGUUCUGAAGAAAGCCAUGGAAGAGAACAACAACUUCAGCAAGACGGCAGAGGAGAAGCUCAAUCAGAAAAUGGAAGCCAACAAAGAGAAUCGCACGGCACGAAUGGCAGCACUCAAUGAGAAAUUCAAGGAGAAGGAUAAGAAGCUUGAGGAGGUACGAAAGGCAAAGGAAACAAAACCAGAAGGGGAGAACUGAUUUUCUUUUGUAAUAAUUUUUUAAAAACUUGUGCAAAGAUAUCUUUUUGUUUUGUUCAAUGACAGUAUUAUAUUUGUCAUUGUAAUUCACCUUGUUUGGAUUAGUUAGGCUGUCCAUUGUUGCUUUUGUUGUGGAUGUGUAAGUAUUUCUUCCCCCACCUCCGGUAGAUUUGUGUAUUGCAGUUUAUGACCUUUGAAAUAAGCAGCGUUUUUACCUAUAAGGAAGCAUGCCACUGCUACGCAUUGGUCCUUAUCAUUGUGAAUUGCAUAAUAUAAGUAAAUCCUUGUACCUUGUAAAACUGUGUUUAUCUGAUCUUAAUAAAGUUGCAAUUGUUCUUUAAAACCUCUAAAA